AUGUCGUCGGGUCCGAGGUUAUCGAGGCAGCAGAAGGGGAAGGGAGUCGCCGCGACGCUGAGUCCGACAAGGAAUCCCGACGGGGAUCGUGUCGACGAUCCGGAGGUGAUUCAUCGCGCGGCGAUGAUGGAUACGGUUAAUCUAUCUCGUUCCCAGAGACUUCUGGUCGCGGAUGCUGCAAGGCUCGCGAGAGAAGGGAGCGAAAGCGUCGUUGCGAGAGACGCGAUGGAAUGUUCGAGGGACGGGCAAAGCGGAGCGAUGCCUGUUGACUCGGUCACCCCGAGUACUCCCCCCGCGGGAGGCGGCCUCUCGGAAGGCGAUGAUUCUGAGGCCGAGUUGCUUCCGACUACCUUUUACCCCGAAGGGAUUUUUGAAGAGCUUCCUCAACUCCAUCCCGAUUUAUUGCGUCCUGCUUUCUUGGCCGGUCAAGAUUGGGAAGGCGUAGAGAAGACAAAAUCUACCCUGGGGAGCGUGAAGAGGGUUCUUCGGGCUGCGGGCGCUGUAGGCGUGACCUUCCUCGUUCCUACGGAAGAGCAGAGGCCCUGGUCUCCUCCGAUCGGGUAUCAGACGGUGUAUGAAUCCUAUUUUCAGGGAGAUACUCGAUGUUGGUUUCCCAUUCCUCGACUGAUCACAGCAUACGCUAGGCGCCGAGAUAUCGCGAUCAGUCAACUCCUGAAUGGCUCGCUGCGAUUAGCAGUUACUUUGUCGAUUUUGGCGGAGCAGAUCGACAUGCCGAUGAGCGUUAGAUGCGACCGAACUGCAACGUGUGCGCCGGUCAUCCGAACAAGACGCAGAACUGGCAGCGUUCUUACUUCUUCCUCAGAUCUGACAGCUCGGCCUUCGAGGAACCUCCACAAAACGAUUGUCGAGUUCUUUGGAACCGUUCUUGCGGUAGAAUAUUCUGUCGCAAACCGUAAGCGACUUAUUGAUUCUAAUCGUGUCUCCUUUUUCGCUUUGUAUGCAGUUGGCCAUCCUACCUCCCCGAUCUAUCCCGAAGAUUUUUUGAAGAGUGUUCGUGCCGUAUCUCUGCUUCGAACCUAUCGUUGGUCGGAGAUCACCGUUAAGAAGAUCCGUGAGCUUAAAGAUCGAAUCGCGCGAAGAGAGUGGAGAUCUGAUCUUCCGGUCGUUCUUCCUAUUCGUACCAAACGACUAGAUAUCUUCCCGAAGGACAUCCAAAAACAAAUUUCCGAGGCAAAGAGGAUGGGAACUCUUCCUGAUUUGAGUGCGAUACUGUCUGCCCAGCUGGGGUUGAUCGGUGGGGGAGGAUCGUCAGUAGCGGUUCCUCGCGCUGACGCGAUUCCCCCUUCUAAUACCCGCGACGCAGGGAAGGGUAAAAAAAGGAAGAGGGGUGGCUCGGGAACCGAAAGGAGUGCCGAGGGAACGAGCGGCGUUCCUCCUUCAGGUGAACUCCAAACGAAGAAGAAGAGAAAGAGGACAGAGAAGAAGUCUGCUGUCGAGGGAUCAGGGAAUCUCGAGGGACCGACCGAAACUGAGGGGGAGAACGUCCAGGAAGAAGAACUUCGUCCCGAGGAAGAGGUUCCCGCAGAUAGGGCCCUUGGAGAAGAAGGCGACGAGGAAGAAGCCGUCGACGGACAAGAGUCUGAGACUUCUCUUGAAGAUGCGGGCUCAGACAACCUCGCAGAGGAAUCUGAGGGGUCGCCACUUCUGAUAAGAGGGCGCGGCGAUGAAGCUGAUGGCGAGGAGCAACUUCCUGCUCCGAUGUCUCCUCACGCAGAGAUUCCAGCCCGUCCCAAUAUCGGGGCCGUCCAGACUGGUACCUCUUCUCGCGGUGACGCCAUUUUGAGGAGGGUGCCCGGAGUCAGCUUUCCCGACAGAGUUGACUUUCACUACGAGGGGCCGGCUCCGCUGGCGUAUGUUCCGGAAAAAUGCGGGGAGCUCCUUCGUCAGUUUAGAGGAAGGGCGAAACCUUUGCCCGCUGUGGAGGAUCUCGUCUUCGGGGGCGAGUACGAGGAGGCUGCAAGGGCCAAGCUGUUGGGGGAUAGCGCAAUGAACAUCGUGGUCGACAAAUAUGAUACUGCGCUGAAGGGGGCUUUGAACGAGCUCGAGCAGGCCAAGAGGGAGCAUGCGGAGAAAGAAGAGGCUUCUGCUCGUCAGCUAAGUGCAUCGAAGGCCAACGUCGAGAGACUUAACGGGAUGGUCACUCGCGCAAUUGCUCGAAGGGAUGAGCUCAAAGCCGAUUUGGCGGCCUCUCGUGGAGUCAUCCAUGAGUUAGAGCAGAAGAAUGCGGAGCUCGAAGGUGAGAAGGCUUCGCUCGCUGCCUCUCAUGAAAGAGAGAUGAAGCGUCUUAGGGAUUCCAGAAUCCUAGAGGUCACGAAGGAAAGGGGGAGAGUCGAGGCCGAGAUGGCUGCGAAAGCUAACCGUCGCUUUGCGAGGAUCCGUUCCCGAGAAGAACAGCGGGAUGCCUAUGAUAAAGCUAGGUUACUCCAUAGCCAAGCCUUUGGGACCAGGAAAUGUCUUGAAUCCUUAAGGAGGGUUGGGAGCGACAUCUCGCAAUCUGUUAUCGAGAUAUUCGCAGAGCAGGAGAGGAAAUACGAACAAGAGGCCGAGAAACUCAAAGUGGGCGAGAUACCUGCGGAAGAUCUCAUACUCUCUCCUCUUGUGUUGGACUCUCAGUUCGUGGAUGCUCGAAUCUUGGCGAGUCUUGAUCCAUAUGGGUCUAACGCUGGCUUAAUCGACCCUGAGACUGCGCUGACUCUUCACACUCCUCUUACGCAUCCGACUGAAGAACAGCACGCAGACCCCCCCUCCCACGUCGAGGGUCCUUCGACUGCGUUUGAGGGAGAGACGCCUAACCGAGGGAACCUUGUUGCUGAAGAUAAUGCUCCUUUGCUCGUACUUUCGGACACUUCGGCUGAAGGAUCCCGUCGAGGCAAUGAAGGAGAGAAUGUGGGGAUGCUUGAAGAGGUCCCGAGAUCAGAUGAGAUGCACGUCUCUCCGGUUGCUCGCGAGUCGAGUGUUAGGGCUUCAGAACUUUCUGCCCUCAAUGACCGUGAGAGCGAUCGAGAGGGUUAACGUCUUUUGUGUGUUGUUUUCUUUUGAGUCCCGGAGGACUUUUGUUGUUGUUUUUAUUUUGAACCUUUGCCCUCGAGGCUUUUGUUUUGCUGUUUUCUCGCUAUCUCGAACUCUUUUGGUGAUUUAGACUGAUUUACUUUAGAUUUGUCUAUCGAAAUCGUGAUUUCUCAAGAUUUGAAGUGACUCUGCUCGUUCGGUGUAAAUAUUGUUCGAGAUGUCGAAUCAUUAUAAUUUUAAACUUGUUAUGACUUUGUCUCGGUUGACCUCUUUGAGUCGCGACCGUUUGCCAUUUUUAAGCUUAAAUCGUUAAUUUAGAGUUUUCGACUUUGACGGUUCCGCGUCGAUCCCGAUGUAAUUUUCAAGCGUUUGGUUGGCCAGACCUUACUUAGUUAAAUUAUAGGAUGAAUCGGAGUCAUUGUCUCGGCCGUGUUGGUUUAGGUCGCAACGCGGUCGAUUCCCGUGAAUACGUGUCUGAUCAGGACGUAUUCAAUCGUGGGAUGCGAGUGCCGAUACGUUUGUUCGAGGAGCCGGGGCGUGUUCGAGUAGGCAUCGCUUAAGUGAUCGUCUGCUUCGGAGAUCGAUUCCUCGGGGAGGGUUUUUAUAUUUUUUUUUUAUUUCGGCUGGACCCUUUUUCUUUGGGCUGCCUACGUAUCCCUUUG